AUGUCCCUCAGAAUGGCGAGCGAGUAACCGAGAGCGUCCACUGCAGGAGAGCCGGUCGGCAAUGGGGAUGGUCCCCUGGAUGAGAAGUCCACUGAAAGAGAAGCUCCUUCAAGAACACGAAGGACAGCGAGAACAAAGCCUCUGGAGAUGUGGCCGCCUUCCCCUGGUUGCUCGCUCAAGAAGUCUGAGAGAAUGCCCAGGAGGAACGCUUGCUCCACAGUGAACGGGGGAUUUCCGUUCUCGGGCAGUCGGCAGAUCUCGACGAAGCUGAAUGAGCUGAAUUCUGAGAACAGAAGGGGGAGGCCUGGUUCCUCGAAGCACACGCGAGAGAGGAGAAGCCGGAGCCAGUCCCCUCGGCACCCAGCUUACAAAAGUCAACCACGAUGA